AUGCUGCACAGAGGGAGAAGUUGCCUGACCGGGCUAUUCCCUUGUUAUCUGUUAUCCAACUGGUUGAAUAGUAAUCUGUGCUGGAUCCCUCUGAAGCUGGUCAUUCCUUGUUUCCAGUUAAUAGUGGAGUCUUACUUACUUGAAUUCCUAUUACUGUUAGCUAUUAGCACUUGCUUGUUAGGUGAGGACUCUCUUAUCUGGUUAACCUUAGUGGUAGCACACUCCAAGUCUAGACAAUCUUCCUCCCAAGAACCUCUCGAUACCAGAAUGGCUACCAGGGCGCUACUAGACCAACUCAGAUCAGAUCGUCGGCAUAAUUAA